CUGCCUUUAACUCCCUCUGCAAAGCCCGGAGGUCGUCACGUCGUGUUGAAGCUUGUGCUGAUUGACGCUGAGGGCUUCUGGAAAUAACUGCAGCCAUCACCAGGAGGUCCAGGUGACCAAGAUAGCUACUGCUCCAUGACAAGUCUGGGGAUUCCUCCAUCCGCAUCCUCUGCAUUCCUUGAUGUCAGGCUAAAGAAAUGUCAACAACUGGGAGCUUUGAGGGAUUCCAGCCUGUGUCUCUGAAGCGAGAGGAAGAUGACCAACCUUCUGAGACAGAUCAGCUGUCUGUGGAGGAGAGGGAGCCAGACGCAGAGGUCCCAGCGCCAAAGCAGAUUUCAAGGCUGCCAAGUGUGAUUGAAUCCACUCUCUACCCGAAUCCCUAUCACAAGCCUUAUCUCUCACGGAAGUACUUCGUCACUCGGCCAGGGGUCAUUGAGACUGCCAUGGAAGACUUGAAAGGCCAUAUUACCAAGACUUCUGGAGAGACAAUUCAAGGCUUCUGGCUCUUGACAGAGAUAGACCACUGGAACAAUGAGAAGGAGAGGAUUUUGCUGAUCACAGACAAGACUCUCUUAAUUUGCAAAUAUGACUUCAUCAUGCUUUGCUGUGUGCAGUUGCAAUGGAUUCCCCUGAGUGCUGUCUAUCGCAUCUGCCUGGGCAAGUUUUCCUUCCCUGCGAUGUCACUGGACAAGAGACAAGGAGAAGGCCUUAGGAUCUACUGGGGGAGUCCUGAGCAACAGUCACUGUUAGUCCGCUGGAAUCCGUGGUCCACUGAGGUGCCUUAUGCUACCUUCACUGAGCACCCUAUGAAAUACACAAGUGAGAAGUUUCUCGAAAUUUGCAAGUUGUCUGGGUUCACGUCGAAGCUUGUUCCAGCUAUCCAGAACACCCACAGGAAUUCCACUGGAUCUGGAAGAAGAGAGGGAUUGACGGUGCUCACUGAACCCAUUUUGAUUGAGACCUACACUGGGCUAAUGUCAUUCAUUGGAAACCGAAACAAACUUGGCUAUUCCCUUGCUCGGGGGAGUAUUGGUUUUUGACACUCCUUUCAAUGGAUAAAUACAUCAUCCAUAGCUACAUCAUUAUUGAAGAUUCUGUUUCAGCUCACCAUAUUUUUAGACUGAAACAAUCAGCUACUUUUAAAUAGUAUCACAUGAUUUUAAAUAUUUAGUAUCUUAGGAGAUCAAAAAGCUUGAUUAGACUGAUAAAUGCACACUUCAGAUCUUUUAUGAAAUUUCUUAAAAUCAGAAAAUAAAUUCACCUAAGUAUAUUGAAUAACAUUAU